AUGCCGCGCAGUCGGCUGGUGGCGUCCCUCUGCAGCCACUUGUCGAGGCUGUGCGUGGCCACGAGUCUUCGGGAACCCCGGCAACAUCUCGCCCUGGGUCUCCUGGUCUUCUCAGCCUGUCCCCGACAACUCGCGCGGCCGUGGUCAAGUUACGCGGUGCUGAGCUCGAAGCUGGAGUCUCUCGGCCGUCUCUCGGUGAAUCUGCAGCUGGGACCGAGCAUCCGUGGUGAUCGCCGCGUGGGUUCUCGCCUGGCGUCGGCCCGGAACCUCGAUGAAGUGGUUACUGCUGCGGAGCCGAAUAUGGAUGUUGGCGAAGGCUCGACGCUGGACACGGCAACUAUGCGCGCCCGGCUGCACUCUGCUGAGUCAGCGCAGGCUGCUGCCGAGAAUCGGUUGCGGUCGCAGACGUACUCUUUGGAGAACCAGAAGGUAUUCUUGAAGAACGCGAACGACGAGAUCGCACAGCUGAAGAAGGAGGUCGCGCAUCUUCGCCAGCUGGAGGCUCAUUACAUCGUCGAGCUCGAGUCGUCGAACGCCGCCGUGGAUGGCUACAGAGAGUGUUCCAAGCGGCAGGAGAAUCGUGUCAGGGUGGCCGAAGACUCGCAAGCUCGGACUCUAGCUCAGCUAAAGCGUGAGCAGGAGGUCUACAAGGCGGCCGUUGCUUCGUCGACUGCUCAAAGCAGGCGCUUGCACGAUCUGCUAGCUCGCUCGGACGCCGCCGACGACACCGCACCAGCUCGCCUUCGCCGCCGCAAUGAGGACCUCGAAGAGCAAGUGAAGCGGCUGACCCGUGCCAACAAGACGCUUCGCGCUCACGUGCAGCUGGAAGAAAUGGACCCCGACGUCCUGGUCCUCGCUGUAGAAGGCUCCUUGCUGGAUCUUACUCCCGAGUCUCUCGCAAAUUUGCAGAAGCAGUACCGUACAGCAGACCGCUCCAAGCCUGACAGAGAUAUCGCCGAAGACUUGGCUCGGACUGCCUUCUCACUGAAUGACUCCAUCGGGGAUCCCUUGCGCAAGGACACUCCCGCUGGUGCCAACAAGACCACUCCGAGGACAUCUGCCACUGCAGUCAAGAAAUCCCGCGCGUCGUGUCGGUCAUCGUCUUCUCCACGGUUCUCGUCCCGCAAGAGGUCUCGCGAAGACUCGGGCUACUCGUCGGAGAAGCCCAAGAAGUUGCUCAAGAAGAGGAAGGAGUCUCGCUGGGCACGAAGUCGUUCUGCGUCGGUGCCCCGCGGCUCUCCGGUCUACGCGCGUUUCAACGGUUCCAGCGUCUCUCCGCCCACGAGUCCUGCCCCAGUCGCGAAGGCUACCGCGCCCUCUGUUCCUGGUUCUGCGCCGCCUGCUGCUUCUGUGGAAGCUUCUGUCCAAGCUGCUGUCCCAGUCCCCGGUUCCGGUGACGAUCCACAAGUUGGUGGCUUGAGUCAUCAGGCUGACCGCGGAGAGACGGACCAGCAGUCAGCUUCAGUCGAGCAGUCACCGGCGGUGCCUCAGUGGUUCGGAGAUGACUCGGAUGCUGGAUUGACGGAGGGUCUGGUUGACGACUCAGUGGUUGAUGGCAGUGCUGCUUCUGCUGAUGAGGAGGAACUCGACGAGUGGGAGGGAGAGCGCGUUGAGGUGGUUGCUGUAGUUCCAGCUCCGUCACCUCCGGUUGCUGGCGGUCUGUCGUCAUCGGGUUCCACUGACCUCUCGUCAUCAGCGCCAGCUCUGCCUCCCGCCAGCGCUGAGUCAUCAGCUUCUCUUCCGGCUGUUUCUGCUGCUUCUGCUGAGUCGACGGACACCUCAGUCGCUGUCUCAUCGGCUCACCGGUCUGCAAAUGCAGCAUCUCAGAAGGUUCCGACGACUCGUGCUCGAGCCCGAGAUGUGCUGCCCACUGCUCGUUACUCCAAACACGUGUUGAACUGA